GAGAGAGAGAGAGAGAGAGAGAGAGAGAGAGGGAUGACGGGAAUGGUGAUGCUAACGAGAGGAGCUGGCUGCGGUGGCACCGGUGGUGUUGAUGGAAAUGAAGCAACAAAAGGAGGAGGUGCUACUGAAGAAGAACAAAAUCAGUUGUCGUUAGUAGCGUUGUUGGUAGCAGCUCUACGGAAAUCAAUGGUGGCUUGUCGUGUAGAUCAUGGAGACGAUCAGAGCUCGGGUACAACAGCUCUGCAUCAGAUGGAAAUAGGAUGGCCAACGAAUGUUCAACAUUUGACUCAUGUUACUUUCGAUCGGUUCCAUGGAUUUUUAGGGCUUCCUGUUGAAUUCGAAGUUGAAAUCCCCUGUCGCGUCCCUAGUGCCAGUGUCAGCGUGUUUGGUGUAUCAGCAGAAUCAAUGCAAUGUUGUUAUGAUUCAAGAGGCAACAGUGUCCCGACAAUUCUGUUGCUGAUGCAGGAAAGGUUGUAUGCACAAGGAGGUCUAAAGGCAGAAGGAAUAUUUCGUAUAAAUGCUGAAAACAGCAAAGAAGAGGAAGUACGUGAUCAGCUGAACAGAGGCAUGGUGCCUGAAGACAUUGAGUGUAACACAGAAGACGAGUGUUGUGAGCUUCUCAAACAUCUGAAACCAACAGAAACUGCACUUCUCAACUGGGCAGUUGAUCUUAUGUCUGAUGUUGUUGAGCAGGAAGAAUUUAAUAAAAUGAAUGCCAGAAAUAUUGCCAUGGUUUUUGCUCCCAACAUGACUCAGAUGUCGGAUCCAUUGACAGCCCUAAUGCACGCAGUACAAGUGAUGAACCUGCUGAAAACCCUAAUCACAAAAACACUGCGAGAGCGAGAGCGAGAGUGUGAAGAAAACAGCAGCAGCUCAACCACAACCACAGAUGGAGAAUACUCGCCCAUGUCAUGCCGAUCCCACAGUCGAACAGACGAGAGUCAAGAAGAGAUGGAAACCAGCUGUGAAAUGAGAAGGCAGCCAUCAUCAGAAGAUGGAGAAGAUGAAGAUGAUGUGGAAUCACUGAGUGAGAUAGAAGAAAGUUUCUUGAAACGAUUGAUGGAGAAUGAAAAUGCAAAAGACUGUUUCAAGAAUGAAUUGGGGAAUUUGGUGAAAGGGAGGAGGACUAGUCCGACUAGUGGAUUUGAAUUCCAGGAGGAAUCGUCUUCGUCUGUGAUGAGUAUGACUGAUGGAUAUGUGUCGGGUGUGAGUGAGGCGGAGGUUAUGAAUAAGGUUGAAGUGGAGUGAGAUUUUAGGGUAUGCAUGAAUAUUCUUAUUUGUGUAAAUUAAUUAAUUUAGUAGAAGUUGUGUUGUGGUAUGUAUGAUUUGGAUUGUGAUGUUUGUUUCAGACUUGACUUGUUGGUCGAAGUGUAGUGUUUGUGGUUCAGCUGGGGGCUGAACAUGUUUUGUGGAGGUCUUUUAGCAGCUAUAGAUUUGUAAUUUUUUUUUUAAUUUUGGUUGGUUACCCAUAAAGGGGGAUGGAUAAUCAAGUAGUUG